AUGGCCGACGCAGAGCGAGAUCUGGGCACUGGCGGCGCUGCUCCUGUCAAUGCAACCACCGAGCCGCCCAAGCCCUUGCCCAAGGGGGUUGUCUUAGGCAAAGACGGGAAGCCGUGUCGAUCUUGCUCUUCCAAGAGUGCAUUCUCCAACUGGGCAGCUCAGACAAAUGCUUCCUUGAAGAAAGGAACAUCCAACAUAUCGAAUACCCCCGACAACUGCCCUCCCGAUGUCGAAGCCCUUGGCCGCAGUACUUGGACUCUGCUGCACUCCAUCGCGGCAACGUACCCCGAGAAGCCCUCACCGACCCAAAAGGAGGACUUGCGGGGCUUCAUGAGGCUAUUUUCGAAGUUAUACCCUUGCUGGGUGUGUGCCGAGGACUUCCAGUCCUAUAUGCAGAAGCAGCAAGUGCAGGUUGCAGGCCGCAAGGAGUUUGGCAACUGGCUGUGCGAGGCACACAACGAGGUCAACCGCAAGCUAGGGAAAAAAGAAUUCGACUGUAGUAGGUGGGAAGAGCGCUGGCUCACCGGUUGGAAGGACGGUCGUUGCGAUUGA